AUGGCCUCUUCUCAAGGGAAGCAGGAGCUGAAAUUCGCCGACUGGAUGGCAACUCUGCCCGAGAGUAUCCACAGCAUCCCCCUCACUAAUUUAGCCAUCCCAGGAUCUCAUGAUUCCUUCAGCUUCUACAUUGAUGAGGCCUCUCCAGUAGGGCCUGAACAGCCAGAAACUGUCCAGAAUUUUGUCUCUGUGUUUGGAACUGUGGCAAAAAAGCUGAUGCGAAAAUGGUUAGCUACUCAAACAAUGAACUUCACUGGUCAGCUGGGAGCUGGGAUUCGUUAUUUUGAUCUUCGAAUUUCCACCAAGCCCCGAGACCCCGACAAUGAACUCUACUUUGCUCAUGGUUUGUUCAGUGCCAAAGUCAACGAAGGCCUUGAGGAGAUCAAUGCAUUCCUCACAGACCACCACAAGGAAGUAGUAUUCUUAGACUUCAAUCACUUCUAUGGGAUGCAGAAAUAUCACCAUGAAAAACUGGUCCAAAUGCUGAAAGACAUCUAUGGAAAUAAAAUGUGUCCAGCGAUUUUUGCCCAAGAAGUUAGUCUAAAGUACCUGUGGGAAAAGGACUAUCAGGUGCUGGUGUUCUACCACAGCCCGGUGGCUCUGGAAGUGCCCUUCCUCUGGCCUGGGCAGAUGAUGCCAGCACCCUGGGCCAACACCACAGACCCUGAAAAACUGAUCCAGUUUCUUCAGGCAUCCAUCACUGAGAGAAGAAAGAAGGGCUCGUUUUUUAUUUCUCAGGUGGUGCUGACCCCCAAAGCUAGCACUGUGGUCAAAGGAGUAGCCAGUGGCCUCAGAGAAACAAUCACAGAAAGAGCUCUUCCCGCCAUGAUGCAGUGGGUCCGAACGCAGAAGCCAGGAGAGAGUGGCAUCAAUAUUGUCACUGCCGAUUUUGUAGAACUGGGUGAUUUUAUCAGCACUGUCAUAAAGCUCAACUAUGUCUUCGAUGAAGGAGAAGCCAACACUUGA